AUGGCAUCAUCCAUCGAAACGUGGGCGCUCCCCCGUUUGCAGCAGCUGUUGCCGCUCGAUGAUGAGUCUUUGCGCCAAGUCAUUCAAUACACCAACACACUACCGAAAGAUGCGGCCGCGGAGCACUUGAAGAACCUGCUGGGAGAUGAGGCAAAGAGUCUUGAGUUCAUAUCGAGCUUCAACUUGAGGCGUCAAAAUGCGCCUGCAUCAUCGAAGCCACAGCUGUCGACUUCUCAACCGCAGCCGACCGAUCCCACUCCUCCAUCUGCCAGCGCAGAAGUACCCAGGGGCGGAAGGCGGCCGCAAAUUAAAAAGGCCAACAUUCACGCCCUGCCACCUCGCCAGCUGAAUGCUCGUGGAAAUGUCUCGGGAGGAUAUCAGAAGGGUGCUGUCGAAGACUACAUGCCCACUUCUUCCCAGCAACGCCAGAAACACAAAGAUCAAGUAGCCGACAACUUGGCUUUGAACAAGAAUCCCGAUGCGACUCAAUUACCUCUCAUUACAGAUGAUGCAAGCCUCACGAGUCAGCCCAUCACAUCCAAGCCACCGCCGUCCGCAUCGGGACCACUGAUAUCAGACUCACUUUCUCGCAAACAGAAUGGCCAGUCCAAAGCUUCUGCACAAUGCUCGCGAACAUCGUCGCCCGCACCGAAAGCGGCCAAAGUAAACAUCUCUGGGGGUACUGCAAUGCACGGGGCAUCGACCGCCCUCUCAGACCUUGACUCUGCCAUCCGUAGCCUGGAGAUGCAGACCAACCCUUCUUUAUCUGCCACGUCUACAGCGGACAACGAGAAGCGCAAAUGCAACUGCAUGGCGACAAGACAUCCACUGCUGGACAUGGCACCGAAUUGUCUGAGUUGUGGGAAGGUCAUCUGCGUGAAGGAAGGCCUUGGGCCUUGUACAUUCUGUGGAUCCCAACUUUUGAGUUCAGACGAAAUUCAAAAAGUGCUCAGAGUCUUGAAAGAUGAGCGCGGAGAGGAGAGGAUGAAAGUGAACAAUGCCGCUCACAAGCGAGCCGACGUGGCUCACGGAAAGGCAAAAGCCUACACUGGUCGAGACUUCCUCGCUCAAGCAUCUUCGACCAGAUCAUCCCCGCUCUCUUCACAACCAGCCACGCCUGCGGGAUCUGACGACGAGGCCAGUGCGAAAGCCAAAGCUCAUCGGGACAAGCUCUUGGGCUUCCAGGCCAACAACGCUCGCCGUACACAGAUCCACGACGAAGCUGCGGAUUACGACGUCCCGUCUGCAGGUACCAACAUGUGGGCGAGUCCCGAGGAACGAGCGCAGCAGCUGAAGAAGCAGCAAAAGAUCUUGCGGGAGAUGGAAUGGAAUGCGAAGCCAGAGUACGAGAAGCGGCGUGUGGUGGCGAGCAUCGAUCUCAAGGGAGGCAAAGUCGUGCGGCGAAUGGCCGAGGUUGAGAAGCCGGACUUUGACGUCGCAGAGGAAUCUGGUGAGGGUGGCGAUUACCAGAUGCCUACUUCGACUAAUGGAAGUGGUGCAUUCAGCAACAACCCACUCGCCUCAGGUCUCAUUCGACCUACUGCUCGGGAAGACAAGGGGAAGGAGGUUGUCCGAGAAAAGAAGAGCACAUGGAGGCGGGUGCAAAUGGAUGAAGAUAACGAGCAGUGGAUCCUCGAUGGUGGAGUAUAUGGAAACCAGCCUGUGGAUAAUCCUCUCGGUGAGGAAGAGCAUCCAUGUGGGUGA